AUGUCCAGUAUUCCUGAUUCGUACAUUCCGCCGCUACGGUUUAACUCUAUCGAGCCAAAUCUUUAUCGUGGAGCAUACCCGCGGAAACCAAAUUUCAAGUUUCUUGAAACAUUACAAUUGAAAACAAUCAUCUCCCUUACACCGGAACCAAUAGAUAACGAUACAGAUCCGUAUUUAUAUCAAUGGGCAGUGGAUAAUAAGAUAACACUUGUACAUCUUGAAUGUGCACUGGGAGGUAAGGGUAAGAAGAGGAGUGUGCCGCUAGAUAACGACCUCGCUAUACAAGCACUAAAUAUUAUUAUUCACAAUUCGAAUCUGCCUUUAUUCAUACAUUGCCUCAACGGAGGACAAAUCACAAGUUUACUAGUUGCGUGUUUGAGGAAGUUACAGUUUUGGUCAGCUAUAUCAAUAUUCAACGAGUUUAUAAAUUUCACCACCAAUAUCACUGUCAAUGAUCGGUUAUUUGUUGAUAAUUUUCAUGGUACCGUUGAAAUUGACUAUGAGGAUAAAGUACCUUGGUUAUGGGUUGGUGUUAGUAAACACUUGGUUAAUAGUCACCCCAAGUUGAAGGUGAGAAAUGUGAGUAAGAGAAAUGGAGUGGAAGAGAAACGUAUUUCGCUGAUAGCACUGUAA